AUGUGUGGAAGAAAACCAGACCCCAGAAAAAGAGAGAGAUACGAGAGAGAACCUGAAAGAGACCUGAUAAAGAGGAACAAGAGGAAGAGGAAGAGGAAAAGUGGACAUAGUCGGAGAGGGAGAAUGAGGGUUUCUUCAAAACCCGUAUCGAGUCCAAGCAGGACAGAGAAGUUUCAGCCUCCAUUGAUGCUGAGGUUUCUGAGAAGCAAUGUGGGAAGUAGAAGCAGAGGAAGGUCACGUUCAAGCCCAAUGUUCGUACGCAAAAAGAACGCAGUGAUUGAAACCACCCAAGAGCCAUCUUCACCAAAAGUCACUUGCAUGGGCCAAGUUCGAGUCCGAAGGUCCUCCAAGAACAACUCCGGCAGCAAAACCGGCCGCCGCCUGCCAAGAACGCCGGCCAAACAUCGGCCCUGUCUGUGGGUUCGAAAAACUCUGUUCUGUCGCCGUUUUGCUCAGAAUCACAAGCCCAAAUCGUUUCGUCACAUUUGGCGCAAAUGCGUUUCGUUUUUUCGAUUUGGGUAUUGCAAAAAGGUCGGUACUGUAGACCAUUCGUCCAAGGUAGAAUCGAAUGGAAGAGGUCAAUUUACAGUGAAUGGUAGUGAGAGAGAGAAUGAAAAUGAGGACGUUGCUGAAGAAGAAGAACAAGCUCAAGUUGAAGAAGCAAAUGUGGGUUUCAAGUGUUCUGAGCCGCCAAAGAAUGCGUUUUUAUUGACUAGAUGUAGAUCUGCACCAUAUAGAUCUUCAUCGCUUGCAAGUAGGUUUUGGGGUUCACCUUUGUCAACACCAGGAACAGGUGACAGUGAAAAUGAGGUAAAUAAAGGACAUCACCAGCAACAAAUAGGGAGGAAAAUUGAGAAACCCAGCUUGGAGAGAGAGCCCAAUUAUAUUGCAGAAUCAAAAGAUGAUCAAGAAAGUGAGGGAAAUCAGGGGAUUUGCAUAGAAUUGAUGGUUCAAUCAAUGGGAUAA